AUGUAAAUUUAAAUAUCUGGAGUAGAAUAGUAUAAAUAUUUGAAUAAAUUUUCAAAUAAUAUAGAAAUUUAAUAUAAUAUCAUUGAAAAGUGGAAAUAUAUUUAAUUUAAUAAUCAUUAACAUAAUAAUUAGAUUAAAUAUUAAAUAACAAAGGUUUUAUUCUCAAUUAUCAAGAUUUCCAAAAGUGUCUUACAGCUUAAACCAUCCCCAGGUUAAAGACGUAAUGUAAGAGUCUAUAUAGCUAUAAAUAAGAAGACAAGUGAAAUGUUUGCUUUUAUAGUCUUAACUAAUUUAUCAUUAAAUCAUAACAUACAUACAUAUCUAGAUUUUUUACAUUUUAUUUAGAGAAUGAAAUAAAAAUACUGAAAUUCAUUGAUAAUCUAGGAAUAUUUUAAUAGAAAUUUGUAUAUUAUAUUUGUGUUCUUUUGGAGUUCAUGCCAAAUGAAACAUUUUUAAAGAUCAUAGACCUCUCCAAUUACGUUAAGAAUAGAAUUUGUCUGACAGUUUUAAUUAAAAUAUUAAGGACCAUUCAUACUGCUGGAUUAUUCAUUGUGAAAUAAAACUAGGAAACAUAUUGAUUGUGGCUGAUUAUAAUCUAUAUUUGUGUGAUUAUGAAUUUAUAAGAGUCUCAAAAUAAAUUUAAGACUAGUUGGAAGAACUGGAGAAGACGCUGCAGUACAUUAAUUAGACAAUUAAUUUUUUUAAUGUGAUAUUUUAGCCUUGAGAGUAAGAUUGUUUAUAAUAGCUAUGAGAUUCCUUUCAUUUAAAAAAAUUGAUUCCAAUUUAAAAGAUAAAAGAUGGUCAUUAAUCUAUAAUUAAAAAAUAUGAUUUAUUCUGGAACAAAUACAAAGGUUUCUUAAGGCAACAACAUAUUAAAUAAUUCAAGAUAUGUGUAAUAUCUAUUUUAUAGAGUGUCAUUUUGAUAGAAGGAUAUUAAUAGAGAAGUUGCUAGAACAUGAAUUCUUAAUGGAUAGAGCUACUGAUGAGGAAGUGUCAGAGAUAUAGAAGAGAGUGAAGGAAUGA